AAAAAGAUCACAAUCUGCAGCGACAACGUAAAGGAGACGUUACUAGAGCACAUCGACGAAUGCUGUCUUCCUGUCGAACUCGGAGGAACAUGCGAGAUGACGUCAUCGGGCGAAUAUGAGAUUUUUUCACCAAUUGCGCCACCGCUUCAUCCCUACCCUAAGGCUUCACCUCUACAAGUGCCUCUGGAGCUGCUCACUAUUCCUGCCGGUAUGUAA